AUGAACUUCCAGGGCAGUCGGAGGCGAGGAGAAGAUGGCAUCGCCAUGGUCAUCGACCUGCUGCUGUCUAACGCUCGGCUAGUUUUGGGAGUCGGAGGAGCUGCCCUGCUCGGCAUUGCAACACUGGCAGUGAAACGACUCAUAGAGCGCGCUGGACGUGCAGCGGACGAAGAAAAGGUGGAGCAGAAGAUGGCCGAGAGCUGGGAGGAGCUGAGCUUGGUGUCCGCCUCCCCAACGCUGCUCAGGAAGGGCAUAGAGGGCGUGGUGAUGAAGCAUGUGGCCAAGGCAUCCAGGCAAAAGAAAGCUGAUCUGUGCCAACAACCUGAGACCGCCUCCCUGGAUGUGCAGUCCAAACCUGAGUCAAAAUCCAAGAGGCUGCAACUGUGUGUCCUCAGUCUGCAGGAGCGCCUGCAGCAGUAUUAUCACACGAGGGCGGCGCUCGCUCCCCGUGAGGUGCAGAGGGCUCAGUCCCUGGCUCUAGAUAUCUGUACUGAGAUCCAAGGCUUCCUGCACAACCGUCAUCCGGACAUGCCACUGGGAGAAAUGAGCCUCGGGGGCUCUCUACUGGAUGAUUUGCAGGUGGUCAAUGCGGACCAUGCCUGCCUGAUGGUGCCUCUACAGCUGGAAGACUCUCUUUGGCGCCUCAUACCAGGAGAGGAGACGCUGCUCACUCAUCCUCUGCACUGGAUGGUCCGACGAGUCAACCUGGAGUAUUUUCCCAGAGGUCGCAGCUACUGGGACAGGCACCUGGUGGGCGGUUAUCUGUCUGCAGAGGCUGUUGUGAACAUGUUCAGUAAGGCAGUCAUGGAAACCAUCAACUGGCCUUCAAUCAGCAGCACUCUGGACUGUCUGGUCAGACCUGUACUGGGAGGACCCGAGCUCAGACUGGAGAUCAGGCCCAGCUCUGAACAGGAAGGUGCGGAGAGCAGUGAUCAGCCCCUCUUCGUCACCAUGCUGCCCGUGCUGCGGCAGGAGGACGUGGUCCUGACGGCGCAGCCCGAGCUCACCUCUCCCUGGGUGAACGCCUGGCACCUCUCUCUCUACCCGUGGGAGACGCAGCGCCUGGCUCAACUCGACACGGCCGACGGCGGCUGCCGAAGACACGUGCUCAAAGUCCUCAAGGCCGUGUGCAGACUGAACCCGGCGCUGCGACCGCUCCGAGCCGCCCCGCUGGCAAACCUCAUCCUGCACCUCAGCGACAGCGAAGGCGACUGGUCCGAGACCAGCCUGGAUGUCCGGUUCCAGCAGUGUAUCACAGAGCUGAUUGGCUACCUCGAACAAGGCGCCAUGUACAGUUACUUCAAGCCAGCCGUCAACCUGCUGAGCGGCUUGACAGAAGACCAGGUGGACCAGAUGGGCUUCAUGCUGUACUGCGCCGUGUCGGAGCCCGAAAUACUGCUCAUUUAACUCCAAACAUCCACGGACUUCACGUCUCCUGAGCUCUGACAAGCACGGAUCAAAGGUGCAAUGGUUUCAUGUUUGUUCCAGGGCUGCUUCUUGUUCAUCUCCCCAUCUUACUCAGCACUGAAGAAAAGGGUUCAUUUACUCUGGCGGGCGCCAUGGAUUGAUGGAGGAGGUGACGUUUCAAGGAGGCUGCAGAUUUGAGUGCUAAACUUGCCAAUAUGUGACUGGAAAAGGAAACGGAUCACAGAGAAGAUCUAGAUAAAUUUUGCUGAGAAUGUUUAAAGCCAUUCUCCAGCUUGUGCCUGUGCUGCAAAGACUGCGAUUAAGUGUGGUGUGAGUGGAAUUCAGUAAGUUGUAGAUGGUCAAUUACGGGUCAGUGUAUCGGUGAGCAGCACCGGAGGAGUCGGGCAGUGUGUGUGGGUUGCAGAUCGUCUUUUCAGCAACCGGUGCUCUGCAUCUUCUUCCUUAAAGCCCUUCAAAUAUUCCAAACUAUGCAGAUCAAUAACAACCUGAAAAAGUACACCGGCUUCUGCUGCUCUAAUCAACUUGCUCCAACUCGGUCGGCCUAGUGAAACUGAAAAAUGUCUAUUUUGUUAUACCGAAGGUUGAUGUGUUGAAGCCUCUUCGUUGCUCUUUGUUUAGCAUUCAGUCAGUUGCCAAUUUUUGGGUUUAAAAUUCAUUGAAUUAUGAUUAGUCUCCUAAUAAUUUUAUGCUGUUGUUUUAAACACCGGAUGAAUGUCGUGGGGAUCUUUCCGUUGUUCUUGAGGGGGGAUGCGAGGGAAUACAUUGUGUGCAGUGAAACUGCAAAAUAAAGAUUAAAGCACUUUUGAUUUC